AUUUGCCAUUUGGCUUGAGGACAAUCAAAUUAAUUAAAUAAUAUGUCCGCGGAUAAUGUGCCAUUGUUAUCCAUGAAUGUGCCGGCUGCGGUGCAAUUUGGUGCCAGCAAGAACUUCCAGACACACACGGAGCAGCAAGAGCUGGACAGCGCAUUUCUCGGCUACGAGAGACGCCCGUGGAUGCAGGCAAAGGCAAAGCCAAAUCCGCACAGGGAGCGCGAGGCCAUAACGGCGCUGCUGUCCACAUCGAAGGACAGUGUCGACAAACUGCUCGAGGAGAACAUUAGUUACCGCGACUUGGCUUCACUGACGGACGAAGAUCUGAAGCUGUUCGGAUUUGCAGCGCAAGUGGAACGCAGUAAAUUCCUUAAAAUGUUUGCGCUGUUGCCCAACCAAGAUCCCAGCUAUGAGUACAUUUGCAACCAAAACGCAGCGCAGAGCUACAACAAUCAGAUCAUUGCCAAUGCAUCCAAUCACAUCAUGUACCUGCGCUCCUCCCUGGCCGCCACCAACUACAAGCUGCAGGUGCUGCCGCCCGAGGACGUGGUCGUGGGCGAUAAGCGCUAUGCCAGCCGCUUUGCGCUGGAGGCCCUGAACAGCGUGCAAGCGAUCUCGGACGAGCUGAGCAAGGAUUUGCGUAAGCUGGAGCAGCUGGCCAGCGAUGCCAAUCGCAAGAGCGAGGAGGCCAGUUCCACGCCGGCAAAAGAGCGAAAUGUCAAGAUAUUGUACUACACGGCCAUUGCGCUGGGCACGGCUUGUGCUUGGUUUUGGUGGUGGUCGAAGCGCAGCAACAGUCCAACUCUCGAGAAUAUUUCAGUUAAAAUCUAAAACAUUCCUUAACCCUAUUUACUAUUUUUUGUAUUUGCAGCAAAUUCUGCGCGUAAAAUUACUAGACUAUAAGCACAUUACAUUUGAAAAAAAACAAAAACAUUUCCACUCUUAAACGUAAUCUCUAAGACUUCGAAUAUAUAUGCUUCCUUUGACAAGCAUGCACUUUGAAAU